GCCACGGGGGACUCUUGUGCCCGUAUGUACGGCCGCGGCGGACAGGCUGGCCUGUUUGCUGGCUGACGCGCACGCUUAUUUUGAAAGGCGCAGAGCGUAUUUUGAUCCGCGCCCCCCCAAGUCCUGCCACAAGCUUGGCAGACCAUGCGACCAAAGACGUCACCCGGCUGCUCCUCCUGCAACUUCUUCUUUUGCCCGCAAGCUCUCAGACAGGCAGGAGCCCUUUUUUUUCUUUCUCAUCUGUGCCACCUUGCGCUUGGGGCUGGCUGCGCGCUCGGGCAUUGGCUCGUGGGCUCACAGAUCCCACCGAAAAUUGCGUAGGUGGGCGGCCGCCGGCCAGGGGGGGUGGGCCAAGGUUGGUGUUUGGGUUGGACGGGAAGUUCACGUUUGGUAUUUAUCCAGACUUGGGUCUAACUCUGAAGCCCGCUCGCGCCUCCCUCCGACUCUCAGAUCCCUCUUCUCUACAUACAGGACACAUGCUCAGUAAUCUCCAGUCUGCUUUCCAUCCCACCGUCUUCCCCUCCUCUGCUUGGUGAACUGCUUGCGAAAAACAAAACUCUCCGCCUCUUCCUCUCCCCUUGCAAGUGACACACACUCGCCGAGCAAACCUAGCCUUGGAGACGGCAACGUCACGCACCCGUCAUCAAACAUGGACACCAUCAACAACAUCGCCAAUGCCGCGACCAAGGCCAUCUGGGGCGAGAACCCCCCCAAGACGACCGAUGUUGCGGGAAAGCCCUCGCCACCCCCGCCCCCGCCAAACGAGGAGCCCAUCUCGGGCGUCCAGGGGGACCCGUCCAAGGGCGAGCCCUUUGACGCCGGCAACGCCCCCGAGAACGCCGUAGCCGUCGACGCCCCCACCCCCACCACCCCUGCCCCUGCCCCCACCGCCGCCGCCGACGCCGGCAAGGACGCGGCCGGCCAGGAAAACAAGCCGACAAACGGGGCCGCCCACGCGCACCCCUCCAAGACGCCCGGCGACAGCACGGCGCACCAGUCGGGCACGCGCGCGCCGGGCGAGGGGCAGACGUCGCCGUCGGCCGCGGCCGAGAUGAACGACGUGGACAACACAAAGGUCGAGCCCCUCGACCAGGCCAGCAUCAAGGGGCCCGGCCCCAAGCCGCUCGAACAGGUCGCGAGGGAGCACGGCGGCGACGCCGGCAACGCCGCCCACGACGACGCCGACGCCGACGCCGCCAAGCCGCAGCAGGCCCCCAGCGCGCCAGAGGAGGACGAGGGUGUCAAGAAGUCGGAGAGCCGCGGCAGCGGCGAGAAGCUCGUCAAGGCCUCGGGCCUGGCGGCCGACGGUGGGGACUUUGACGCGGCGAACCCGGGCGCCGGUCGCGAGGCAGACAGGAUCCUGGAAGAGAAGGGCAUCAGCCACCAGAAGACGCCGCCGGCCAAAAAGGUCGACUCGGUGGGCUCCAAGCCCGUCUCGCCCACCAGCCAGUCGAGCAGCCCCGAGCGCAAGGGCGUGAGGGGCCUCGGUCACAAGAUUAAGGCUAAGCUGCGCCGUGGUUCCAACAACUCAUAGACGUUUUGGUGGCUCUGGACUCGAAAUUAUUUUCCACGCAGCGCCCUGUCUCAUCAUACCCUUUAUUGCCCUGUUUAAUGUUUUUCUCUUUUCUUUUUGUUAUCCCUCACACGUCUUCCGUCCUUCUCUCUGCCAUGUUCUUUGUUUUAUCACUUUCGUUGGUGGUUGCGACGGCCAAGGAUGUGAACCUGCGACGAGACCAUCACCUACCGAUAGACACUGUAAUUUACGUUUUUGAAAGAUUCCUCGACUAAACCACCAAAAGGUGUUCAGGGGUGGUCCGAGAAGAUGCAGUUGUGAGCAUGAGGAUGUGCGGCGUUAGUACUCAAACAGAAGAUAGCGAUCUAACCAUAUACAUGCUCCUCUC